AUGUCUCUCUCAAGUACCGCCUCAUCACCGGAUCUUUCGACAAUCCCUCCUGGCGAGGAUAUCGUGCCCCACGAACGGGAUAUACAGACAGACCGUCGCGGGAGUGACGCCCCCGAUGAAACCAGCUCGGCCCCUAUCGUCCUCGAUUCCGAUUCCGACCCCAAUGUUACCGAUUUGUCUACACCCCCUACACACAAUGCCCCCGCAGAACAAGCUCAGACUCAAACACACCCCGGUGAAGCGGCCGGCCGCGACGCCUCUGUCAGAAGCCUGCCCCAUAGAUCUGCCGCUCCAGCAGAACGUCGUUCGCAAAAUCAGCCCGGACGGACAGGAGCAACAUACGAUACAGCAAUAGAUAUUAGCUCUUCACCUCCGACGCUGAACAGGGUGGAGCGAGUUCCCCGUUCCCCGGCAUCCUUGUCUCGAAGGGUCUCGCAAAGAUCUAGCUAUAUCGGCGACGAAUACCCCGCACCGCAAAGAGGUCCUCCUUCCGCUGCAUCUAUCUUCGAUGUCGAUAUGGCUCAAACACAUUGGUCUGGUAAUAGCCCGGGUCAAUCUCAUACUUCCGGGAGAAGGUCGUCCCGGGAUAAUCCAGAAGUGCCGGGGGCAUAUGGCGGUUACAGGUUUCCUGAUAUGAUUCCGUCUCAUAAUGGCGCAGUCGAGGGAGGCAGCCGGGAGCCAGUAUCCCGAAGAAGACCCUCAUCCAUGUUCAUGCCCCACCCUUCACGAGAUCUGGUUGAUGGCUUCGAGAAUAUGAUGUACGGACUGUCGCCUACUUCUACCCGACGAUUUUCAGGAGGGUCGCCGCGCUAUUACUCCGAUAUUGCCGGGCCGCCACGGCGUCAAAGCUCGGAUUUCUAUGACCCCAGCACACGCAACAGGUCCUUCUCCGAUCGAUACCCAGGCGAGUCUUCCCAUCUCUCUCGACCAGGCGCCCACCAGCGAUAUUCCAGUAUGAGCACGCCGAGGUGGCAGGGCCCCGAGGGACCCAGUCGCAAUCGCCGUGACAGAGGUUCAUUGCCUAUCUCAGGGCAGACGCAGCGAAACACGACCCUCGACGAUAUUUUCCAAGAUGUUAGUCUUCCGAGAUGGCAACCCGACUCGGAGGUAUCCGGUUGUCCAAUUUGCGGGACAAUUUUCAGCUUCUGGCAUCGGAAACAUCAUUGCAGAAAGUGUGGCCGAGUUGUCUGUGCUGCAUGCUCGCCUCACCGGAUUACAAUCCCCCGACAGUAUAUUGUUCGGCCGCCGGAGUCCACAACCACCCCGCCUCCUGGCUCUUCGCCAUCCUCCUCAACUAAUGUAGUCGAUCUGACAGGCGAGGAUGCCCCAACCUCGCACUCUGUCCUCAAUCCUGCCCUGGGAGGCGGGGAAGAAGUUCGUCUAUGUAAUCCUUGCGUACCAGAUCCCAAUCCCAAUCCACUUGGAUACGAGGCUCUGCGCCAACAUGGUCACCGCUCCACCCAUUCCUUGUCAUCCACGAUGGGAGGUGCCUGGACGGUAAGUACUUCAAUCACGGCUUCUUACCUGCUUCCUAGAUUCCAAGCUAAUCAAAUACAUAUUCAGCCCGAGAGCCGCGGUUCACGACAAGGUCGACUGACUGUUGGAGCGAAUGACCGUCCUUCGACCCUGGGAGGACUCCGCCAGGAUGUUCAGCGAUCGUCCCAAGCCCCACCAGGAGAGCGAACCCCACGAACCAACUCGCUAUAUCCGAUAUUCAAUCCACCACAGCAAGCGCAGCGUCCUUCGGCAGUUUCCGAACGUGAUCUCUGUCCCAUCUGUGGCAAUCGAUUCCCACCACUCGAUGACGAACAUCCCGCCGAAGCCCGUGAAGCGCAUAUCCGGCAAUGCAUCGAUGGAUACGGGGCAAGUCGUGAAUCUCCCGUCAGUCAAGGUCCCGCGGAGGGCCCGGCAGAGCAGGCUCCGCUACAGUCUCCUCCCAUCGCUCGCAUGCUGGCAUUCACCGCGACGGAGAAGGACUGCCUCGGUGGCGAUGGUGCGGUAGCUGAGUGCACGAUCUGCAUGGAGGAUUAUGAGGUUGGGCAGGUCCUAGCCCGGUUGGAGUGUUUUUGUAAAUUCCACAAGGAGUGUAUUGUGGAUUGGUUUGGGAGGAAGGCUGAGUGCCCGGUGCACAAGAUGUCGUACUAG